GGCAUAGGUGGACCGUGUACGUAGCAGCGGCGGCGACACGUACUCGUAUCUUUGGCCACGUUAGUUGUAAUCGCGCGCAAUGUCAACUCGGCUGUGUGGUUGUCAUCGUCUGGUGGCACAGCAUUUCUUCUGACUCGCAAGAAAAUCAUCGUCGCGUUGAGAAAAGAAAAGGCAUCCGCGAGAGCCUUUCAUGUUAACAUAAGCGCGGCCGCGAGUGACGAAUUGUACAUUUGAUAGGUAAUUUCUCACAUAUAGGUGUUGUUUUAGAGAAGAUAAUUGAGGAAAUAAAGCAUGCACAGUAUGAGCGAUUGGCUUCUGCUGCUACUCUCGUUUUCCGGGCUGGUGUUUCGUGCUGCUGGAGUCGAGUUAACCUUCGAGCUGCCCGAUAAUGCCCGGGAGUGCUUCUACGAUGUUAUCCAAAAGGGUGACACCGCCACGAUCGAGUUUCAGGUCGUGACAGGAGGCCAAUACGAUGUAGAUGUGUCUUUGGAGUCACCAACCAGAGAAAUCAUCUACAGGCAAAUGAAGAUGCAAUACGACUCGCAUACCUUUACCGCUAACAUGUCUGGAGUUUAUGGUCUAUGCUUCAGCAAUGAAUUCUCGACCUUCUCGCACAAGCUUGUCUACAUGGACUUCAAUAUUGGCGAAGAACAACCCCUGCCUGGUCUUGGAGAGCACGCUACUGUUAUGACUCAGAUGGAAACUUCCAGCCAGGAGAUUCAUAAGAAUCUCAACUCUAUUAUUGAUUACCAGACGCAUCAUCGACUGAGGGAGGCUCAAAGCCGCAAGAGAGCUGAAGAUCUAAACGAACGUGUAAUGUGGUGGUCUAUCACCGAAGCUCUGACCAUUGUUGUUUCCAGCAUACUUCAAGUUACGGUCCUCAAGAAUUUCUUCUCCGAUAAGAAGACACCAUACUAUCCUUUAAAGUAAAUUUGCGACACAAGUCAAAGAUACAGGAUUAUUUUGUAAGGGAAUUAUACAAUCAGCCCUUUGCUCCGAUUUCAUUUCAAAAAAUGAGGACUUGAGUUGAACAAAAGGAGCAAAAAAAAAAGAGACUACAUAUUGUGAAGUGUUGAAUACACAUGAAAGAUCAGUUAGAUGUGUUUAUUUUGUUUUUAAAUUAAAUGGUUAUAACUUUAAUACUGCAUAGUUGUAUUAUUAUAUGAUUCAAUAUUGAAGAUAUGAAUGUGAGGCUUUUUAUGCUUGUGUGAUUUUUUCAUACACAUGUAAUAUAAAACAAAGUACAGUUCUAUACAUUAAAGAAUCCGCUUGUUUCAACUGA